AUGAUUAAUUGUGGGUCCGCAAAAAACAAUGAAACAAAAAAUGAAAGGAAAAUAAUCCAUUGUUAUGACAUAGGUAAUAAUAGUGAACAUAGGAAAGAUAUAAACAAUUUAUUAAAAAAUAUCAAAAAUGAAGAGAAAGAAUUGUGUUUUUCUUUAUUAAACUUUUAUUUUUUGAAUAAAAAUUUUAAGUACCAAAAUUUAAAGGAGAGUUUAGAAGUAAAUAACAAUAUAAAUGAAUAUAUUAAUUUGAAGCUUCUUCAUAAGGAUGUAUAUCCACCAGAUGCCUCUUUUAAUAAGGAAAAAUUAAAUAGACAAAAACGAGCAUGGGAAAAAAUAAACGAUUUGAAGAUGCGUGGAAAAAUCGUGGAAGUAGAUUCUCGAAAUGGUGUUGUCUUACACACACUCAGAGGGAAACACAAUGAUUGUGAACGCGAUAAUAAUAGAAGAAAUGGGGGAUGGGAUAAGGGGAAUAUUGAACUGCCAGAAAAUGCCCCAGAUAUUUGGAAAAAAAAUGAUAUAGUUGGAACAUUUAAUCCAGUAUAUAAUGCUAGAGAUAAGAUAGUAAAUGAUAAUUAUUCUGAGUCUAUUCCAACAAUCGAUAUUUUUUAUAACUCAUCGAAAUUAUUUACUAUUCAAACAGUUUUCGAGCCAAUUAAUGAUUAUAUAUAUUUAUUGCGUCUACUACCAAAAUUUUGUUUACCCCUAUAUGAUUCAGGUAUAUUACAAUAUGCAUGCGAAGAUCCAAUAUUAAAUCCUAAGUUAAGAGGCCUUGAACUUUCUUAUAGAUUACUAAUUCAUGAUAUAUUAUUCUAUGCCCUUUUUUCAUAUUUAUCUGAUUUACCAUUUUGGGCAAAACCACCAAUUGAACUUUUAAGAAUUUAUAAUUAUGAAAGUUUAUACUCUUUUAAUGAUUAUGAAUCAGAUCAUACUGAACGGCUAGUUUUUCAUAACAUAAAAAAUGUGUUAUAUAAUUUUUCAGACACUAUAAAUAAAAUUGAAUUAUUAUAUCCCAAAAAUUAUUACAUUACUAUAUUUCCAAAUAUAUACUUUAAAAAUAUUAUUGAUUUUUUAAAAUCAGAAAAUUUUAAAUUAAAAAAAAUUAUAAUUGUUGUUAAAGGAAAAAAUUUUAUUAAUGAGCAAAUGAUUAAUUAUUUUAAAGCUAAUUUAGAAAAUUUUAAAGGAAUUACUACAGAAAACAUAAAAAGAGAUAUACGCAAGAAACAUUAUCACACAAAUAAAAUUAUAGAAAAUUAUAAUAAUCAACAAAAGGAUACAAAAAGUGUAAUUCAGGCCAUUAAAAAGUGUCAUGAGUCUAAUAAAAGUAGUUCAGUUUUUGGAAAACGUGAUCAUUGUAAUAUUUUAGAAAAAGACAAAUUAAAAAAAAUAAAUGCAAAUGAUAAAAAAUGUGAGAAUAGUCCUCUCAACUUAACUUAUGAAAACAUGCCCACAAACCAACACUAUAAAGAAGAAAUUACUGAGAAAAAUAAAAUUAACUCUAAAAAAAUUUAUGAUACUAAUAUAUCAAAUAGCAAAGAACACUAUACUUUUUGCAAAAAAAAUAGUAGCAGCGAUUUACCAAAUGUACACAAAAUUAAUAGGUGUAUGGAUAAUAAAUAUUAUGAAGAGAAACGAGGAAAUUUAAUAAAUAAAGAGAAAGAAAAAAAUAAUGACAUAAGCGAUAAUUGUGAUUCAUUUGAAUCAUCAUGUAGUGAAAAUGAUGAAACAGAUGAUGAAAAUGUUGAUGGAUUUUUUAAAACCAAGAAAUUAAAAAAUACAGUAUAUGAUAAAGAUAAUUUCUCUUUUUCAAAAUUUAUUGGUCAAAUUAUAAAUUAUGAAAAAAUAAUUGAUUAUUUAAAAAAUGAUCCACAACGUCAAGGAGAAAAUUCAAAAGUCCGCUUUUAUAUAAAAUUAUUACUUUUUGAAAAAUCAAAUACAUUUUAUGAUAUAAAUCAAAAUGAAGCAAAUUUAGACAGAAUACAAAAUCCAUAUCACGAAAUUAACUCUGAAGAAGAAUUUGAUUUGAUAGAUACCCAAGCGGAUUCAACCCUAAUGGAUACUGGUAUAAUUGGCUGUAAUGAUAAUAAUAUUCUUGAUACUGAAAAGAAUGAAGAAACAAUCCCAGAAAUAAACAAUUCGAAUUAUAAAAGUCACGAAGGUGGUAAAAAUUGUGAUAGUACAAAAUAUGAUAGUGAACAGAUAGGAUUAAACAAUAAUUGUAAUAAAUGUUCAGAUAAAGAAGAGAGAAUACAAAUCGAAGAAAUAUAUAAUAAUAGUAAUAAAAAUUCAUCAGAUGAUCACAUUGGAAAUUUAAUAAAAAAUGUAAGAGAAACUUAUGAUAAUAACAAUUUCUUAUCAUUUAAAAGUAAUGAAGAUAUUGAAGGAGACAAUAAUUUAAAUUUGGAUAAUGUACAAGAUUCUCUAACAAGAAUUACUUUCAAUUUUAAUUAA